UUUCGGCUUCGGCUGCGGGCGGUGACACAGGUGGGAGCGCGGAGGUGCGCCGCUGGGUUCGGGUUGCUGAGCAGCGCUGCUCGCCCCGCAGCCCGCAGAAACCGAGCGCUGCAGUUUGGGCUUUGCUCAUUAAGCGGUGAGUUGAUGCGUGCUUCGAAAGCCAGCCGGCGUUCAGCGCCGCCGAGCUGCUCCAAAGCUGAGCCGUGCUGCUAACAGCGAGCAGCGCGGCUUCUCGCUCCGCUGCCUGCAGUGGGACCCCGGGAAGGGCCGCUGGGUGUCAGCGGGAGGCGCUGAGGACGAAGCCGGCCCACAGCGAGGGAAACUGGGCACCCCGCUACCAGCCCUGUGUGUGCGACCCAGCAGGGAGAGUCGUUUGCAGUGUAGUGUGGGUGAGGUCCUCUGCUGUGCCGGGUGCUGGUUGUUCUCCUCACAGCCUGCUGCUGUCCUGGGGCGGGGGGAGAGCUGAUGGCCUCGAGUUGUGCCACGUUGGAUAUUAGGAACUUCUCCAGUGAGCGGUGCUGCACUGCACAGCUGCACAGGGGGUGGGGGGGUCACCAUCCCUGGGGGCGUUCCAGAGCUGCGUGGUGUGGCACUGAGGGAUGUGGGCAGUGGGGGUGGGGCUGAGCUCGGGGAUCUCAGAGGUCUUUUCCAAUUUGAAUGAUUGUACGGCAACUGUGGGUUUCACGCAUCUUCACGUCACGGCUGCAUGCUGCACCACCCUGGUCACACUGCAGCUGAGCUGCCAGGAUCAGGGAUGUGCCAUGUCCUUCCCUGGGGUCUGAGCACAAGAAUUGCUGACGUGCUCCGGGAGGUCUCUCCUUGCAGAUGAACCAGUCUGUUUCUGGUAGUUCAACUGCUGCUGGGCUUGGUGGACCUGGAAACAUGGCGGUGGAGCAAAUGGGAGUGUUUUGCAAUGGCUGCUUCCUGCUGUGAGAUUUACAGCCCGUGGGUGCAGUGCAUGGGGAAGCUAAUCCUCAUCCUUAGAAAGGUGCAGAGCUGUUCUCUCGGGCAGUUCCAGUGGCUGCUGGGUGAGCUGCUGCUUGGGCCAGUUUUGCUGCUCUUCUUGCCAAAGGCAAAGACGGAUAAGGAAGGCACAGUGAGAGAGAGGCUGAGGUUGAUCGAGAGUGCGGAAGACCUUUGCUCUGUAAACAACAGAUCACUGUAAAACCAUUGAGGGAACAGGGAGAGCGGCAUUGAGGGCCGGACUGGGGAGCUUAUGGGACCAAAGGUUCUCACCUCGCUCAGGGGAGAGCACACCAUUUCCAACCAAAGGCCGUGCAGUGUCACCUUACGGAAGGUGUGCUGUGAUAUCUGGGCAAUGUGCUCACACACAGAGAGCAGCUACUGCAGCAGCUGAGUGAGGGCGGAUUUGCUGAUAGAAGGCUUUGCUCGGUCGGAGGUUCUGGUAUUUCCCCUGCUGUUGACCCCAAGUAUUGAAAUAUCUUGGCCCAGGUCCACCUCAAGACUGGAAGAGCCAGUAAAGAGUGUGGGCGAAACAUAAUGAUGAGCUUAGGAUGCUUCACUGAGGUCUGGAGCACAGCUGUUUGUUAGGCGAGCUGGGGGUGUUCUUGUUGUUCAGACUGUACUCUGCACCAGGCAGGUUCUAAGUAAGCCAUUUACAUCUAAAUAAGCCAUUUACAUCUGUGGCAUGCUUCUCUUCUGGGCUUCGGAAAUCCUGGGGGAAUUCCAAGACUCCCAGCUAUAUGUCAGGCCUCUGAGGCGACUUGGAUUCCCACCUCUCCCCAGGGCUCACAAUCUUACAUGAAAAAAAGUCUGCUACAACAGAAACACAAAUAGAUGUGGUCACUCCUAUGAGCUGCGUGUUGCAUGACACAGCUGUGCUGAUAAGGCUGAUGCGGGGUAGCAAGCCAAGCCUGUGCUGUCCUGUGCAAACAUUAACUUAGUUUCUUCUGCAAUUAACCCAAGGGAAUUCGGUUUCUCUGUGACUCAGGAUGGUCACAAGACAAUUGAAUGCUAUAAAGACCUGUGUUUGGAAUUGGUGUGUGACAGGUAUCUCUCACUGUUCAACUUGCCCUCUCUGCCUGGAAGUUGGAUGGUGUGGAGGAGUCUGUCCCUUAUUCCCUUCUUGGUUCAGAUGCCAUCGUUUUAUAGUGCAAUUGCCCUUAAUAAGGAACUACUGGAGGAAAAUAAAUAGCUGAUAAAAUUUUGACCGUGCUUUUCUGCCAAUAAUGGGGCAACGCAGUGUGGAUAUGCCUUAAUGAAACAUAGCUCUUAUGUUUGCCAUUUCCACGCUGUUCUUAUCAAGAAUUCGUGUGAAAAUUAUCCUUGUAAGUUUUCUUUCUGGAGCAGGACUGGGGUUCUCAGCAGGAGUUGGUGCAGGAGUUGGUCUGCAGUUGUGUAGCUGCACUUGAGCUAUGCGGGUGAAGUGAGCUGCACAUUGAGCACACACUCUCGGUAGCUUUUAGGGUAUUUUUUGAUGGGAAACAAGUUGUUUCCUCAAGUGCCAGCACCAUAAAACUGUUUCUGUCUUUAAGUAUCAUCUGGAAAACUUUGGGUUUUGAAAGAGCAAUUUUCUGUGCUCUUCCUGCACAGCAACACACAAGCUACACACAAUACUGUACAAUACUGUACAAGCCUAAUGUACAGCAAACCCUUGGAAGGUCUCUGGGAUCUGAGCUGCUCCUGUGAAAUGCUCUGUUUCUCUUCCUCUGCCAGGCUCAAGGAAUGCAGCUGAUGAUAAAACGCCACUUGAGCAGCAACUUCCCUUUCUGCACCCCCACCAAAUCUCAGUCUUGAGAAAAUAAAUACAUUCUGAAGAUCUGUAGUGAGAAUAAGCUGUGGGACGUGAUGGUGUCCUCGCUUUGCUCACACAGACACGCAAGGCUCUUGUACCGACUCCAGAAGGAGGAGCUUUGCUGCAGCCAAGCAGCUGGAUGUGCUGUAGUGAGUGUUGUUUGGAGGCAGGCAGUCUCCCUGCGCAGCCGUGGGAGAUCUGUGAGCCCACUCCACUCGUCUCCAAGGCCGGGCUGACCCAGGCAGUGAGCCUGCCCUGCUGCCUGCAAUUGGGGCUGGCUGAUGAGAUGGCUGAUGGCUGUCGUCCCUCUCAUUGCCAGUACUGCACUGCUCAUGUGAUAAUUGUUUUAGAUUUUAUUGAGCAGGUGUGGCUGGAAAAGGGGAGGUGAGACCUGCCUCUUGGAUACGCAGGCUGGGAUCUGAAAAGUGUGAUUACUUGGCAGGGGUCGGGUAAUGGUCUGAUGUCUCUCCUUCAUCUCAGGAGACCCCCCCAGGUCCUCUCUGACUUUGCACUGCAUCUCUUGGCUGUGUGCAUUGGUGUCAGACAGGGAGCCUCAGUGCAGACCUGGAGCAGAGGGAAGGAAAGGGGCUGUGCAGAGCUGCACAGCUGCCAGCAGAGCUGGGUGAUGCUGUGUUCGUCACACACCUGCCGUUCACUUCUGUGCAGAUCUGUGGCAGAGGAGAUGGGGCUGGAAUGUGGUAGCAGUCAAGGGAAGCAGUUGAAUCCCAUAUCUGUGUUGUGCUGGGCAAACAAAUUAACUGCUGGUGAUAAGGGACAGGUGAAACUCAUGGCCAAGAGCCCAGUAGUUGUGUGGGGCAGAGUCCAGUGAGGCAGACAGAGACGCCAGGUCAGAGGACGUGCCUGGGAGGGGUGCAGAGCAGUGGGGGCUGUUGGUGUGUGGGCCGUGCCGAGCUGUCCUGCUGGCACUGUCAGACAAGCCUGAAACCAGCCAGUAAGGGUAAUGCUGAUCCCACAUUGGCCAGCCCUUUGUAAACAUCCCAGACAUCCUCUUGAUGGGAAGAGACACUUCCUGACCUUCCCGAGAGUCCCCGCUGCAAUGAACCUCUGCUUUCCAGUAAAGCAUCUCCAGUCCAGAGUCUGCUGUGGCAGUUCCCACCCUCCCUCUGCACUUGCUGCGUUUCCUGCUAACAGAAUUAGUCACUUCUGCAUCUUCUGGUUUGUCCAGUCAGGCUGAUUACGGUUGCUGUCUAAAAAUAUAUUACGUAGCUGUUGUACUGAGAAGUGGGAAGGUUUGCUUACGUACUGAACGUCACUGGGAGCCCGUCACUGGGGAGCUGCAUGCAGGAGACCUGAGCAUGGUAUAAAUCUCUGUGCACACUCCUCUCCUGAUCCUCCUCGCAGUCUGUAGUCCAGGAGACACUGAGGUGUGGGAGAAGUGAGGCAUCCUCUGAAAGCAGGCGCUGAGUGCAGGAGUCCCAGUCCCUUGCUGGAGGUGGCUCAGGAUGCUGCAGUUCCCCCCACUGCAGCCCAGCACUUUGACCACUAAAUGAACAGCUGAAGGCUCACCUGCUGGUUGGUUGAGGGCUUUUUUGCUCUUUCUUCUUUUUUCUGGACAGUUUGGGCUGUGGCUUGCUCUUCCACAUCAGGAAAAGACUUGGAUUAUUAAACACUGCCUUCCUGACUCUUUACCAUCCCCAGAGGAUAUUUUGAGGAAGCCCAGGCACGUACUGCUGUAGGAGAAGCCCCUUCUUGUCACCUGGAGGCUUUUCAGAAGUAAGCUGUGGAGAAAGCAUACUCCCCUCCGUGCCCUGGUGGUUACAGCUCAGGAUAAGCUGCUCCUGUGUACCUGUCCUGCCUCCUCAUCAGUGACACACAUCUUUCUGACCCUUUCACUCGCUUGGCACGUGACUUUCCUCCCGGGACACUGCAUGACAGCAGCACCAGUCAGAAACCUCCGUGCCAACCAGAGAGCCCUGCAGCGAGCGAGAGCUGAGUGAGGAGGAGCAAGAGGAAGUAACUGAACCUGUGACUAACGCGGGCAGAAUAUCAAGGAAGGUUUUCUGUUAAGGUUUAGAGAAGUCAUUUCCUUGAGAGGGGUGAGAGAGUCAGACCUCGGAUCACUUUGUGCUGGCGAGUGUUUCUUGGGGAAUCAUGAACAAGGACAUGAACAACCUGGAGGAAGGGGUGGAGUUCCUCCCUGCCAUGAACUCCAAGAAGAUGGAGAAGCGUGGCCCGAAGCGAAGGGUAGUUGUGGCCAUUCUGAUCAUUGCUUUUCUGCUCAUCUCCCUUGUCACUGGCCUCCUGGUUUGGCACUUCAAAUACCGGAACGCGCCCGUGCAGAAAGUCUUCACUGGCCACCUGCGAGUUCUGAACAGGGAAUUCAUUGAUGCCUAUGAGAACUCCAGUUCUCCAGAGUUCAUCAUGCUGGCUAAGAAGGUGAAGAGCACGAUCGAGGAUAUCUACAGAAGUCAGCCAGAUAUUGGCCCUUACCAUAAGGAGACAGUAAUAACUGCAUUCAGCGAAGGCAGUGUCAUUGCCUACUACUUGUCAGAGUUCAUCGUCCCCAAGUACCGUGAGGAGAAGCUUGACAGGGCCAUGGCAGACAAGCAGAGCUUGGUCCAGAGGCUGAACCCGCGGCUGCGAAACCCUACGCUGAAGGUGGAGUCGGUCGUUGCUUUCCCUGCCGACCCCAGCAUCGCUCAGACUGCUCGGGACAAUAGCUGCCUUUUCGCCCUCCACGCCAAGGAAGGGGAGAUCACCAGUUUCAACACACCAGGGUUCCCCCACAGCCCAUACCCCAACAAUGCACGCUGCUACUGGGCACUGAGGGCAGAUGCCAACUCCGUCAUCAGCCUGACCUUCAAGACACUGGACUUGGAGCAGUGCACAGACAGCAGUGACUACGUCAAGGUGUAUGACUCUCUGAGCCCUGUGGAGCCCCAUGCUCUGGUGAGGCUCUGUGGGAACUAUGCCCCUUCAUACAACCUGACCUUCCUGUCCUCCCAGAACGUUAUGCUUGUCGCGUUGAUUACCAACAAGGAGGGGAGAUACCCUGGCUUUAAGGCUGAGUUCUUCCAGCUCCCAAAGAUGAAAGCGUGCGGUGGGACUCUGAGAGGAGAGAGUGGCACUUUCACCACCCCCUAUUACCCAGCACACUACCCACCAGCCACAGACUGUGUCUGGAACAUAGAGGUUCCCUCUACAAAGAAUGUGAAGGUGCGUUUCAAUAUGUUCUUUGUGCUGGAGCCCGGGGUCCCAGUCAGCUCCUGCACCAAGGACUAUGUGCAGAUCAACAGCACAAGGUACUGUGGGGAACGUUCCCAGUUUGUGGUGGCCAGCAGCACCAACAGGAUAGCAGUGCAGUUCCACUCUGACCGUUCCUACACAGACACUGGUUUCUCUGCAGAGUACCUGUCCUACGACUCCAGCGAUCCCUGUCCUGGCAAGUUUGCCUGCAACACCGGCCGCUGCAUUGAGAAAAGCAUGCGCUGCGAUGGGUGGUUGGACUGCGUUGAUGGCAGUGAUGAGCGGUCCUGCACCUGCACCGACCAGCAGUUCAGGUGUCAGAACGGCUGGUGCAAGCCCAAGUUCUGGGUCUGUGACAACGUGAACGACUGCGGUGACAACAGCGAUGAGUUGCAGUGCAGUUGUGCAAACAACAGCUUCAAGUGCAACAAUGGGAAGUGCAUCCCCAACACACAGAAGUGUGAUGGCAAGGACGACUGCGGGGAUGGGAGCGAUGAGGGCACCUGCAGCAAAGCAGCCCAGUCAACAGUUGCCUGCAAGAGCUACACGUACAAAUGCCGCAAUGGACUCUGCAUCAGCAAGCAGAACCCGGAGUGUGAUGGGCAGAAGGACUGCGAAGACAAUUCUGAUGAGGACAAUUGCAACUGUGGGACCCGCUCCUACAUUAAGAAAUCACGGAUCGUCGGUGGGCAGAACUCAGAUGUGGGAGAGUGGCCGUGGCAGGUCAGCCUCCAUGCCAAGAGCCAGGGCCAUGUCUGUGGAGCUUCACUCAUCUCAGAGACCUGGCUGGUGUCAGCAGCACAUUGCUUCCUGGAGCUGCAAGGCAUCAGCUACUCAGACGCCAGCCUGUGGACAGCCUACCUGGGCCUGACCAACCAAAGCAAACGCAACGAUGCCAACGUGCAAAUGAAGCAAAUCAAGCGCAUCAUCUCCCACCGUUCCUUCAAUGACUACACCUACGACUAUGAUAUUGCUGUGAUAGAGCUGCAGAGCCCCGUCACCUUCUCCGCUGUCGUCCAGCCCAUCUGCCUGCCCGAUUCUACGCACAACUUCCCCGUGGGCAAAGACCUGUGGGUGACCGGAUGGGGAGCGACUGUGGAAGGAGGCAGCGGAUCCACCAUCUUGCAGAAAGCAGAAAUCCGGGUGAUCAACCAAACUGUCUGCAACCGGCUGCUGACCGACCAGCUGACAGAGCGCAUGAUGUGCGUGGGGGUCCUGACGGGCGGCGUGGAUGCGUGCCAGGGAGACUCCGGAGGGCCCCUGGUCAGCGUGGAGAACAGCGGGCGGAUGUUCCUGGCUGGCGUUGUGAGCUGGGGAGAUGGCUGUGCUCAGAGAAACAAACCUGGAGUCUACAGCCGGCUGACAGCACUGCGGACGUGGAUCAAGCAGCAGACAGGACUCUAGGGAUGUGCUCAACCCUCAGACACAACCAACUCCUGCACAGCACCAGGUGGGGACAACGCGGACUGUGAGGCACUGCCCCAGGAGCUGCCACCAUUGUGAGCCUCUACCUCACUGCCUCUGGGACUGCCAACCCUGGGCUGCUGGGUGAGCACAGCCCUUAGUACUUCAUCCUCCCAAACCCACAUCAACUUACAAAUUCCUUACAUCCACACAUUGAUUUCCUCUCUUCUGGGUAAGCAAAUGGAGCUCCUGCAACAAACUUGAAUGAACAGUCAUUCAACAGAGAAUAUUUAAAAAAAAAAAAAAUUAAAAAAAAAAAAAACACUAUGUGUUUUUAGAAGGGAGAGGUCCGGAAUACAUGCUGAAAGCUCAUUCUCAUCUCAUUCAUUUGUUUUUCAACUGCAAUCUGCAUCAUUCAUUUUGUCUGGUCUUCAGUAAUGAGGGGGGGAGGGCAGCUGUUGCCCUGGGCCAGCUCUCCUGUGUCUGACUUGGCUUCUGCUCUCCUGUCCGUGCGCUGCUGCGUAGGAAGCCCAGGGCUGCAGUCCUGAGGGAGAGAAGCAGAGCUGAAACGUGGCCUCACUUACCUGGAGAGAAGCCUAGAAAAGGCAGGGCCCUGCUAGUGAGAGCAGGGAGACUGGCAUUACCUUCUCCUUAUGCUUCAGGUUGUUCCAUGGUACCCAGCACCACCAUUCCCACUGCACGCAGGUGGCUGCAUUGUGCAGGACCCAAACACAGCAACGACUUAAUCCUUGCAGGCAGAUUCCAGGGACAGAGCGGGGUGUUCCUAUGGCUUGGUCCCUGCAGAAACAAAGGGGUUAGCUGGGCCUGCCCCCACCUGACAGAUAGCCCCACUCUUUUUACUGUUUCAAGGAAAAAUGCAACAAUGUGACUGCUGAAUGUGAUUUCUUUUUCUCCUGUGUAGCCCAGUCCUGACCUUAGGAGAACACACUCCCAGUGAAUUUAGUAAAAUCUUUCUUUUUCUGUAAAUACAUUGUUUUGUAAGACUCUCUAUGAAAUGGAAAUGCUCUAAUAAACUGGGAUAUUUUAUAAUA